GCUAUUGACACAUUCGGGUUUUCUUUAGCAACUCUGUGAAAUGUUUUGGUCGGCCACCAUUUGCGGCCCUGUGUUUGGGGGUGGGGGAAUUAACACCGGAAAAAUAAUAAUCCUUUUAACAGCUCUGUCCCACUUUACAAAUGAUGAAACCAUAAAGAUGUAGGAAAGCUUAUGGAAGGGGCUUGUGAGGUUUUCUUUAGUGCUAGGUAAGCCAUGCGUCUGUUGUGUUCGGUGGUAAGUUAUAAGAGUUUACUGGUAAACUCUUAAUUAUUUGUGUAUUAACGCUAGUUAGCCUAGCGGCUUUUUAGCAUGAUGGGCGAUAGCAGGUUUGGGAACAUGAAGGCGUUACUGGGAAUAGUUGCUGGAGCCGGAGCCUCUUACGGGAUUUACAAACUUAUCAGCUGGGGAAGCUUCAAAAUAAACAAGAAAAGUGCCAUCAGUGAAAGCGCUGGUGUCGCGAAAGUUAGUUUCCAGCCCGGGAGCCUGUUGGCCAAAGUGUCCGGACUGGAUGUUGUUUGUGUCAGAACACAGGAUGCGGCACCAGGCAAGGGUGUCGCCAAGUCUCCAGGAGAUCUGGAACCACAGCACUUAAAAAUGCUGUUGUCAUCUCUUCAAACUGUUAAUAAUCCAUCUGACAGAUGUCAGAUUCUGCUUACUUUGAGCAAUGCUGCUGUUUUCACUGUGAAUCAGAAUUUAAUACGGGAAUUUGAUGGGAUUCAUUUCAUAGCUGGCUUCCUUUCGGACCCAACAGCAGAGGUUAGAGUGCAGACUCUGAGUGCUCUGAGUAAUCUGUGUAUGAACAUUCAAAACCAAGAACAACUCAAGAUUUAUGUGCCAGAAGUGCUAGAGCUGAUAGAGACAUCACCCGUGAAUUCUGACCUCCAGCUUUGUGCCCUCAGGCUGCUAACAAACCUUUCAGUCACAGACAGAUAUCAACACCUGCUGAAGGGAUCAAUCACACUUUUACUGUCUCUCGUUGUUGUAAGCAAUGAAGCGUUGCAGGUUCAAGCUUUGAAGGUCCUGGUGAAUUUAUCCUCUAAUCCGGAUAUGAUGGAUGACAUUGUUCAAGCCCAGGUACCAGCUGCUAUAGUGUUGCUGUUUGAUGCACGAACAGCAUCUGCUGUGCUUCUGCGGCUACUGACAUUCGUAGGAAACUUAAAGGCAUGGAGGCCUUCGAUCCAGGUGGCAGAAGAGCUGAGGCGCAAGCAGGAUUGCCUCUUCCGGGUUAUGUUGGACGAGUCUUCCCAGCUCCACAGCAGACUGGUGCAGUUGCUUUCACACCCUGAUGAGGAUAUUCAGACUCAGGUGGCUCGUAUCCUGACAUAGAACUUCCUUCCAUUGCUCCUUUUUGAUGCAGACUUUCACAAACUUUGCUAAAGCCAUGACCUGAAAACCCUUCAAGCUAUAUCUGAUGACCUCAGCUAUGAUAAUGGACAGGCUGUUUGGACUCCUGUCUGAUAACAUGGAUCUACUGAUAUCAGUACAUCCAUGGUAAUGGGACAGUCCUCACAAUCCAGAGACAUUGUUUUUGAACCCACACCAACUGCCAGAAUUUCAGAAUGUGUCAGGACGAACAGCAUGAACAACUCUGGUCAAACUUUUGGAGAGGCACUCUGCUGGAAAGAAAUCUAAUUAAAUGCCUUGGAAAUACCAAUAAAUGAUUGUACUUCAACCCCAGAAAUCCUACUUCAAAAGCCAAAACAGUACUAUUUUUGGCA